AUGUUUAAUAAUAUUAUUUAAUCAAAAUAUUACCCUAUUAUUGGAGGUAGUUUGAUUAUACUCUUCUACCUUCAUUAUUCUUUACCAUUAUUGACAUUAGCUUAUUUUAUAAUAGCAUAUUAUGUUCAUAAAUAUUAAAGAGGUCCAAUAAGGAUAUAUAAUUAAGUUAAUCUGGAAGGCAAAAUUGUUAUAAUAACAGGAGCAAGUGCAGGUAUAGGAAAGGAAACAGCAAAAAGAUUGGCAUGGUAAAAUGCAACUAUUAUAUUUGCGUGUAGAGAUGAAUUGAAAACAAUGAAAGUUAUUAAUGAAAUUAAAUAAGAAACCGGAAAUUAAAAAUUACAUUAUAUGAAUCUUUAAUUGGAUGAUUAUGAUAAUGUAAAAGAAUUUGUAAAGAACUUUAAAAUUAAAUUUGGUAUAUUAGAUAUUCUUAUUAAUAAUGCUGGUAUUGCAUAAUGGUGGCACAAAUAUAAUAAAAAUAAUCAUGAAUUAGUUUUUUCCACUAAUUACUUAGGGCAUUUUCUUUUAACAAAACUAUUAUUAGAUUCAAUGAGCAAGGAAAGUAGAAUAAUAAUAGUUUCAUCUGUUAUGCACGAAUUGAUUAGAUCUAAAUUGAAUUUUAAUGAUGUUUUAAAUGGUAAAUAUUUAGAAAAUUAUAAUAAUACUAAAUAUUGUGGAGUAUUAUUCUGUUUAAAGCUAUCCUAAAUAUUAAAGAAUACAAAAGUAGUAGCUCUUCAUCCUGGAGUAAUAAAAACGGAACUCUUAGAUAAAGCUGGAAAUACAAUACUAUUGUAAAUCAUAUAAAAGCUUUUGUUUUGGUUUUUCAGACCUAUGACUUUAUCAGUUGAAGAAGGUGCUGAAACAACAUUGUAUUGUGCUUUAAUGCCUUACAGAGAACUAUUGAAUGGCGGAUAUUAUGAAAAAAACAAAUUAAGCAAGUGCAGCAAGACUAUUUAGAAAUUGAAUUAAAUUGAAGAAUUAUGGGAAUUCAGCAAUUAAAUAUUAAAAGAAUAUUUAUGAGUUU